CGUUGGCGGGCGGAACUCAAAGCGUUCGCAGCUGAUCGGCGGCACCGAAAAGAAAGAGACGCUAGACGCCAGUUAGAGCGAGACGGCGAGCUGGGAAGCCUCUGAGUGCGAGCGGGAGAGCGGCACAUACAUAUCUACUAUCUGUCUGCGGAAAAGAUCGCUGUGUUUUCCCUUCUCUGUUUUGGUUUGCCAACCCAUAAAACUCUGUUUUUUGUGUGUGGUGUUUUCUUUUUGUGUCCCUGUUUUUUUUGUGCCCUAUAAAGUGGCAGAGUGUGUGCCACAUUCAAGUGUCACCAGCGGAAAAGUCCUAAGAGUCGGGAAAUUGAGAAAGCGAACGGGAACGCUUUUGGGAGCGGAUCAACUAAAAAUAGCAGAACAUAAAAGAGAGAGGGAAUGCUGAAAAAAAGAAGCCAAAAAUAAUUGAAGCGUGGGCAGCAUCAGCAUCCAAAGCGAAGGACAGUGAAGCCAGGCUACCAGCUACGCAAAUAAUAAGUAAAUCAAAUAAUAAAUUAUUAUCGUUAAAAGAAAUACAGGGAGACCAUUGAAAAUAAACUAAAUCCAACAGACAAAGGAAUAAAAAAGUCAAAUAUUAAAUCAAAUAGCUCAAGUUUCAAUGAUACAAAUCAAUUAAAUUGAAUGAAAUUCAAUAAGCAAUAAAAUGAUAAUGCAAAUAAAUAAAAUAGCUAAAGAUUCCAAAGAUUUAUUUCCUUAAACUUGUGCCAUAAUUAAACAAUCAUAAAACAAUAAAUUAAAAUCAAGAAAGCAUUAUAAGCAAACCAAAACCAAAAAAAUGAAACAAUAAAUACAUAACUAAAAAUUUAAAAGAUAUUUCCCUAAACUUGUGUCAUCAUAAAUUACUUAACAACAACCAUUUUUAAAAGCAACAUAACAAAACUAAAUAAUUUAAGCGAGGAAAGGUCAUAUAGACAAACCAAGUCCAACAAACAGAAAUAAAUAAUAAUAAUAAAUUAAUAAUAAAAUAAAAUAGCUAAACUUGUAUAGAAAAGAAAACAUAUAAAAAAAUAGUUAAGAACAUCAUUUUCAAUAAAUUAAAAACAAAAAAUCAUUUAACGAAUGCUGCCUGUACACACAUAGUUGAGAUAAACAAUAAAUUGGCCAAAGGCCAACAAAAAAGAGCAAGCCAAAGAUCAGCCGUGAAUGAAGAAGAAGCAGCAGCAGCAUUAGAUAAAGUCAGUUCAAACAAGAGAACGGACAACCAACAGGUGGAAGGAAACGGAGACCCCAAAAGAUCAAAAAUCAAGAGAGAAACCCAAGGAAACCGUAAGGAAAACACAAAUAAAACAAAGGGCAACCAGCUGAUGAGCUGCAAUGUCCCAGGAAGCUGAAGAUGGGGACGAUGCCUUGCAGGAAGAGGACACUGUGGAGGAGGCCUUGGAUCCCCUGGCCAACUUGCUAAGUCUCAAGCUAAAGAAGCCAUCGCAUUGGAACUGGGAGCUGAGCACCUCUCGCAGCUGUAGCAACAUUGCUCUGCCGCGGAUUCUGCUCUACGAUCACUCCGGCAAUCUUCUGGUGAAUGCCGAUGGCCAAAAGGAGGAGACCUUCACGUCCAGAGACUCCCAGCGAAGACGCAAGCGUUCGGCCACCUCCAAUUUGAGCUUGGAGCGCAACUUCCAUGGCCUGCGAAUAGCAGAGGCCACGCCCUCGGCCACGCCCAUUUCGAGCAGGGAGAGGAGCCAUCACCAUGGCAGCUGCAUAGACUUCAGCACCCACGAACUGCCCAAUUGGGAGCCAUCGGUGAGCUCCAGGCGCUCCAGUUCGCUGCGCGGAGUGCGCUUCCAGGAGUUCCAGGAAUCUGGCCAAGAGGAUCUGCCGGUGUACCCCACUCCGCCCUCGACUUCCACCCUGAACUCCUCGAGUUCGGGUCCGCGGGAGAAGAGACGCUACCGGCGGUCGCAGAGCUCCAUCCUGGAGCGAUUCAGCCUGUCCAAGGGGCGCCACUCGUCGCCGGAAUUCGCCACGGAGGAGGAGGUGGCGAAGGCGCCGCGAUACUACCUGCGAACCAGCAAGGCGGGCACCCUGGUCAUCCGCGAGGAUAGCUUCAGUUCGCAGAAGAUGCGCCACCGACGUCGUCGUCCGCCCAAGCACUCCUCCAGCGAGAAUAUCCUGCAGGAGGAUCACCACCAGGCAGCCGCUACCAGUGUCGUGCAGGCCACGAUGCGCAGGCGGCCACAGGCGGAGCAGAGGACACUCCUCCAGUCUACCUCCGAGGACGAAAGGGAUCUGCAGCAGGAGCAGCAGAAGCAGCAGGAGCAGCAGGCAUCUGGGGCACGCAGGUCCAGGGGCAGGCCCAGGAACACGAGCCAACGCAGCUGCGGUAAGGAUGCAGCCAAGGAGCUCAUCACCGUGGAUCCCGACAAUUGUGUGUAUCGAGCAGCGCCGGGCGCCACCGCACGAUAGAAGAAAGUCACCAAAAUCCCCAAGAAAGCCACCGAAGAAAGCCACAUAAGGAAUCCACCCAAAAAAGCCAACCAAAUAGAAGAGAAUUGCUCUAGAGAAACGCAGAAACAGUCAGGAAAUAAGGGCAGUACGAGAACAGACAAACUAGAGUUCCUCCUUGUGAUGUAAGACGAUAAAACAAAUGCAAAUAAAACAAAUAUAUAAAACUGAA